AUGGCGGCGGCAGCUUCGGGCCUCUGUUCGGGGGCUCGCUGCUGGUUGGGCCUGCCCUUGACUGGCCGGCACAUAGGUUUAUGCGGACGGGCCCUCCGUUGCCGAUCUUAUUCUGGAAGUGUAAAUGUUUCAAAGGCUGAAGGAACUGAAGGGAUUGAAGAAGUGGUCAUUCCGAAAAAGAAAACAUGGGAUAAAGUAGCUGUUCUUCAGGCACUUGCAUCCACAGUAAACAGGGAUGCCACAGCAGCCCCAUACUCCUUUUUGGAUGAUCCUUUUCUCAUACCAACAUCAUCAUCUGAAUCUCAUUCAUUUUUGUUGGCAAAGAAGUCUGGGGAAAAUGCAGCAAAAUUUAUUAUUAAUUCACAUCCCAAGUACUUUCAGAAGGACGUGGCUGAACCUCAUAUACCGUGUCUGAUGCCUGAGUUCUUCGAACCUCAGAUUGAGGAUGUCAGUGAGGCUGCUCUGCAGGAACGAAUCAAACUCAGGAGAGUUAAAGCGUCUGUGAACAUGUUUGAUCAGCUCUUACAAGCAGGAACACCGGUGUCUCUGGAAACAACCAAUAGUCUUUUGGAUUUAUUGUGUUACUAUGGUGACCAAGAACCCUCAGCUAAUCACCAUUUUCAACAACAAUCACAAGAGAUGGAAGAAACCACGGAGGAAGAUAGUGAGAAAACUACAAAGAAGCCUGCUCAUCAGUUAAACAAAGUUACUUGGCGGACUAAAAACAAUGCUGUAAGGAUCUUUGGUCUAAUGCCAGAGAAAAAUGCACACUCCUAUUGCACCAUGAUCCGGGGAAUGGUGAAGCACCGAGCUCAUAUGGAAGCAUUAAACUUGUACACUGAAUUAUUAAACAACAGACUCAAUGCUGAUGUGUCCACUUUCAAUGCAUUGAUUGAAGCAACAACAUGGAUGCCAAGUGAAAAAUUCGAAGAGAAAUGGAAUAAUGUGCUGGAGCUGCUCAAACAAAUGGCUGCACAGAAGGUAAAGCCAAAUCUGCAGACUUUUAAUAUGAUUCUGAAGUGUCUCCGAAGAUUUUAUGCAUUUGGAAAAUUACCAGCCUUACAAACCUUUCGGGAAAUGAAAGCCAUCGGAAUAGAGCCCUCGCUUGCAACAUAUCACUAUCUCAUUCAGCUGUUUUAUCAACAUGAAAACCCUUCAAAAGGCUCAUCACUCAUAAUCUAUGAAAUCAUGAAAGAAUUGAAGGGAAAGACAUUUUCCCCAAAGGAUGUGGAUGAUGAUAUGUUUUUCCAGUCAGCCAUGAAAGUUUGCUCAUCUCUCAGAGAUCUGGAACUGGCCUACAAAGUACAUGACCUUUUAAAUACUGGGGAAAAUUGGAAAUUUAUUGGCCCUGACAUUCGGCGUAAUUUCUACUAUUCUAAGUUUUUCAAUUUGAUUUGUCUCAUGGAACAAAUUGAUGUCACCUUGAAGUGGUAUAAGGACCUGAUACCUUCUCUGUUCUUUCCUCAUUCUCAAGCACUGAUAGAUCUGCUUCAAGCAUUGGAUGUGGCCAAUCGUCUGGAAGUGAUUCCUCAAAUUUGGAAAGAGAGUAAAGAGUAUGGUCACACCUAUCGCAAUGACCUGAAGGAAGAAAUGUUGAUGCUCAUGGCCAGGGAUCGUCACGAGCCAGAGCUUCAGAUGGCAUUUGCUGACUGCGCUGCAGACAUCAGAUCUACUUAUGAAAGUCAAGAUGCCAAACAAACCACUCCUGAUUGGUCUGCCAAUACUCUGAACUGUAUAGUUCUCCUCUUUUUAAGGGCUGGGAGAAUGCAGGAAGCCUGGAAGAUGUUGGGACUUUUUAAGAAGCAUAAUAAGAUUCCUAGAAAUGAUUUGCUGACAGAACUUAUGGAUAGUGCAAAAGCAUCCAACAGUUCUACACAGGCCGUUGAGAUUGUGAAAUUGGCUCAGGCCUUCAGUUUACCUGUUUGUGAGAAACUCACCCAAAGAGUGAUGACUGACUUUGACCUCAGCCAGGAACAAAAGAAAGCCCUGGGAAACCCAAGUGCAAUGAGCAGUGACAGCGAUAGUGAUAGUGACAGUGACAGCAGUGACAGUGACAGUGACAUCGGUGAAGUUAAAUAAAAGUGGGCAGAUCGGAAGAGGCUGUGGCUUGGCACAGUUGUGAAAUUGCACUUGAGGACUCGCUAUUAUGUACCACAGCAUGAAAAAAAUGAAGAGUAAAUCUAGACUUGGUGCACUUUGAACUGGCAGAACUGUUAGGACUCAGAUUGAAUUCCUGAUUGGCUACAGCCCGGGUGUGUGUCCCUCCAGCCUUUUCACUGAGGUGCACAGUUCCUGACUUCACUGUAAGCUCUGACCAUGUGGACCAUCAGUCACGCUGCUGUCAUUCAUCACCACAGCCUUUGAUUAGGGCUGAGGUGCUGAUACUUGAGCCGUAGGCAAGGAAAGGAAAUCAAAGGUCUUUUGUACAUUUUAAUUGGUGUUGGAUUUAUGAUAUCCCUGUUUCAGGGACAUAAGAUGUGAAAAAUUAAGCAACUUUAUAAAUAAAUACAGACAUGUGCA